GGUUAUAAAAAGCUCACCUUUGCGUCAGGUUGGGCUUCAACUUUGGAUCUGAGCAGUAAAGACAAACGACGUCCACUCACACUCACCCGUGGCAGGUAUAGGUGAAAUGGGGACGUCCAAGGCAAAACGUGCUACCGUGUGUGGCUACCCGAUUAGCAUCUUUUUCAUCGUGGUCAAUGAGUUUUGUGAACGUUUCUCAUACUAUGGCAUGCGAGCUGUGCUUGUGCUGUACUUUAAGUACUUUCUAAAGUGGGAUGAUGACUUGGCCACGACUAUCUACCAUACCUUUGCUGCUCUCUGCUACUUGACCCCAAUAUUGGGCGCCAUAGUGGCGGACUCAUGGCUCGGCAAGUUCAAGACUAUCGUGUAUCUGUCCAUUGUGUACACACUGGGGCAGGGGACCCUGGCGGUCAGCGCCAUCCACGACAUCACAGACACCAACAAGGACGGCACCCCGGACAACAUGGCUUUCCACAUAGGUCUAUCCAUGAUUGGUUUGCUUUUCAUCGCUCUGGGGACUGGAGGCAUCAAACCCUGUGUGGCAGCCUUUGGUGGAGACCAGUUUGAAGACCACCAGGAGAAGCAGAGAAGCACUUUCUUCUCCAUAUUCUACCUGUCCAUCAAUGCAGGCAGUCUGCUGUCCACUGUCAUCACUCCCAUUCUCAGAGCUCAGGAUUGUGGGAUCUACAGCCAGCAGAAGUGCUACCCGCUGGCUUUUGGAGUUCCUGCAGCCCUCAUGGUGGUCGCUCUGAUCGUGUUCAUUGCUGGAAGUGGAAUGUACACCAAAGCUUCUCCUCAAGGAAACAUCCUGGUGAAAGUCUGCAAAUGCAUUUGGUUUGCUGUUGCUAACCGCUUUAGGCAUCGUGGUUCAGAAUACCCCAAAAGGGAGCACUGGAUGGACUGGGCUGAUGAGAAAUAUGAUAAACUUCUGAUUGCACAGGUGAAGAUGGUGGUCAAGGUUAUGUUCCUCUAUAUCCCCUUGCCAAUGUUCUGGGCUCUCUUUGACCAGCAGGGAUCCAGAUGGACCCUUCAGGCGACUACCAUGGACGGUGACUUUGGUGUCCUCAUUAUCCAGCCAGACCAGAUGCAGACGGUCAAUCCCAUCUUGAUCCUGAUUUUGGUGCCAGUCAUGGACAGUAUGAUCUACCCGCUCAUCUCCAAGUGCAAGAUAAACUUCACUCCAUUGAAGAGGAUGACCGUUGGCAUGUUCCUAGCUGCUAUGGCAUUUGUUGCCGCAGCCCUUAUUCAGCUGCAGAUUGACCAAACCUUACCUACCUUCCCAUCAAGUAAUGAGGGCCAAGUAAAGUUCCUCAACAUGCUGAACAAGCCACUGGACAUAAAGGCUGGGUCACAGUCGCUGCAGUUGAACGCAUUUACGGCCAGCAAUGACUACCUGACCUUUGAAGAGCCGUUUGGUUUGGAACUGAGCCCUGAGGCCAUUUACCCUAUCAGUUUAACGGAUGGCUCCCGGAAUACUAUAGUCAUUCUACAAGAUGGGCCCCAGCCCAUGCCAGUAAAGUUUGAUGACCUCACAGUCAAGCCGGAUGAGGGAGCUAAUGCUAUAAGGUUUUUCAACAGCCUCGACUCAAUUUUAAAUAUAACAGUUGGCAGUCUGGACUUCAACGGUGUUAGUGCUUUCAACAUGUCAACAUAUGUUGCAGUGCCACAGGGGAAUGCACAGUUCCUGAUCAAGAAUAGUUCAGGAGCGGAAUGUGUAUACAACCAGAAAUUUGGCUUUGGCAGUUCUUACACCUUGGUCAUCCCACCAACAUUUGUAGUUGGACCAAAUUGUGGACAAGACAUCCGUCAAGUGGUGGACAUCAGUCCAAACUCUUUCCACAUGGCCUGGCAGGUUCCUCAGUACUUCCUCAUCACGGCAGGAGAGGUGGUCUUUUCUGUUACGGGCCUGGAAUUCUCCUACUCUCAGGCUCCCAGCAACAUGAAGUCGGUGCUGCAGGCAGGUUGGCUGUUAACCGUUGCUGUCGGUAACAUCAUUGUGCUUAUUGUUGCUGAGGCAGCGACGCUUUCAGAUCAGUGGGUCGAGUACAUUCUCUUUGCAUCCCUGCUGGUGGCUGUGUGCUUCAUCUUUGCCUUCAUGGCCUACUUCUACACGUACAUUGACCCGGCUAAGAUCGAAGCUCAGUUCAGUGAGAUGGAACCCGAUGAUAAGUGGAAGAAGAACCCUGGGAAGGAUGCCGUUGAGCAUCAUAAUGAAGACAGAAGGAGUUUAGGUUCAAGCUCAGAUGAGGAGAAAAAAGUUUCUCAGACCAGGAUGUAAAUAUUAAUGGGAAAAAAACACUCACCUCGACCCAAAAUUAUGUAUAUAAACGUUGCUUGGUUCUGUGUUUUGUAUCGUCUGUUUAAUGUCAAAAGUGGAACUAAUUUGUUUUUGAUUGUUUUUUGUUUUUAAAAUGUGAGCAAUCCCAGUCUGGGUUUGCGCGUAUUCUACCAACGACUUAAGUAUUUUUGUUCUUCCGUGCUUCUGAGGGUGCAAUUAGUCCAGCCCCCUGGGAACGUGAAACAUCAUAUUGCACUUUGAGUGUACCUUGACAAGUUUGGAUGCAGUGAACCCUACACCUAAUAAAAAGACUUCCAGAAAACUAUCAAA